AUGGUAGCAGUUGGAUUGGAUAAAAAUGCAUUUGCUAAUACUAGUAGUGGUGCUAGAAUUAUUGAUAAUAAGAUUUCUAGUCUUUCUUGGUCUGAAGAUGGUGAUCAUCUUGCCGAUCUAGGGAUGAAGCAUGAUGUUAGACUUGCACGACAUAAAUUUGCAGAAUUACAUGACAAUACUAGUGAAGUUUGUGGUUUGAAAUGGAGGAGUGAUGAUGAACAAUUGGCUAGUGGAGGUAAUAAUGACAACAAAGUUAAUAUUUGGGAUGCAAAAUCAAGCAUUCCAAAAUUUAUUAAAACCGACCAUAAAGAUUCUGCUAUUGCAUGGUGCCUUUGGCAAAGAAUUUUGCUUGCAACAGUUACAUCAAUUGUUUGGUCAAAUCACUACAAGGAGGUAUUAUCAAUUCAUGAGUAUCCAAGUUUUCGAUUUAUAAUCUGGAAAUAUCCUUCACUAAAGAAAAUUAUUGAUGUUAAGGAUGCACAUGAGAAUCGUAUUUUACAAUCAGCUUUGAGUCCUGAAGGAGAAAUUGUAGCAACUGUGGCAG